UGUUCAGGAACCGAGAGCAGAAUGAAUCUCAAUGGAGAGACAGAGCUUAUAUACACAGCAGCCGUGAGUCAUCUGUGAGUCAUGGUAGGAAAACCCGGGAAGUAGCCGGUCUUUUGGCUCUGUUGCUAGGAUACUGUGGCAUCUGGUGACGCCCCCCCCCCUUGGGCCGCUAGUUUGGUUGCUAGGGAAGACGUAGCAGGUGGGAUGCAGCUACGCAGUUGUAGGGGAGACGUCCACUACAAGUUCGUCGAAAUAUUUCACAAGUGAGACUUUGUUUGAGAAAAAAAAGAUUCCUUGUCUUCCUGAGGUGGUGCAUAAUAUUAAUGUUCCUGUUGUCUAUAUAAAAUAUAGCUGUUCAGACUCUGCAGACAAUGGCCCUUUUGCAUUUUAUUUUGGGCUUUCAUAAAUACUGGAUAAUUAUGUACUGUAAUUUCUUUUGUUAAAUGGUCUUCUCAUCACCUAUUGGGCAAUUACAGUCGCUCUCACCCUCUCAGGUUAAAUUCGUAAACGUUGGAUUGAAUUUGUAGUAAGGUUCUUAUGUUUAUUGGUCGAAUCGCCUAUUAACUAAACACAAUAGGUCUUGCCCAUACAGGUAAACGACAUUAAACUCUCCCACACGAUCGAUCAGUCUGAGGCGUUACUGAGUGAAGAGGAAGUAAACAAUGUGAAGCAGAAGGUAAAACAAGCGAACGACGAUCAGCUGAUCCUGAACCAAGAAACAUUUGGUCCAAUUCUUCCUAACACCACUGUUCUUGUGGUGCAGGUCCACAAGCGCCUGGAGAACCUACGCUAUCUGCUGGAGACGAUGAAGGCAGUGACAGGCAUCAACGAGACGUUAGUGAUCUUUAGCCACGACCUUUGGGACCCCGCCAUCAACGCUCUGGUCAGGAACAUCAAGGACUUCCGCGCGAUGCAGAUGUUCUUUCCAUUCAGCAUCCAGCUUCACGCCCACACCUUUCCUGGGAUCGACCCCAGAGACUGUGCUAGGAAUACAUCCAGACAGAGUAGUGGCAAGUGUCUCGGCCACCCCGACACGUAUGGGCACUACAGGGAGGCUCCUCUUACCCAGAUCAAACAUCACUGGUGGUGGAAGAUACACAGGGUGUUCGAGGAGGUGAGGGUGACCCGGGAGUCGGCAGGAUGGGUGGUGUUCUUGGAGGAGGACCAUUACCUUGCCCCUGACCUCCUCCAUGUCCUGCACCGACUCCUUCGGGACAAGGACACCCUCUGUCGCCAUUGUCAAGUGAUCGCCCUGGGAAACUAUAACAAACUCAAUGGUUUCCUCCAAAGAAAUACCGUUACGAUUAGUGACUGGCUGGUGACGACACACAACUUAGGCUACUCUUUAAACAGAAAUGCUUGGAAUCUCAUAAAAGAAUGUCGUGAACUCUUCUGCACCUUCGACGACUACAACUGGGACUGGACGCUGUAUAAGCUGGUCCUCUAUUGUACUAGACCCAGGCUGACGAUGCUGGGUGUCUCUCUGUCAAGGGUCCUCCAUGUUGGUAGCUGUGGUACACACACAAAAAGAAAUGCAUGUGAUACUAAGUCAGAAGUCCAGUCUGCAGCGAAGAGUUAUCAUGCAAAUGCACACUGGCUGUUCCCGGCCUCCCUCCAGGUGCUGAACAAGGCGGCGAUAUCUGUCAAGCUCGUAAAGCCCAACGGCGGGUGGGGGGACCAUCGCGACCAAGAGCUGUGUAGAGCUAUCGCUAACAACACCACCGCGGAAGACUCGCUCCUCAGUUUAAAGUCCAUUUAUCAAGAUAAAAUUGCAGUUACAUAAUUUUUGAAAAAUUGUGGAAUAUUUUCGGAAAAUUUGAUGGAAAA